CAUCAUCUAUAUACCCAGCAUUCAAAUCAGACAUUGUAUUUCGAUCAAAAAAAAAAAAAAAAACAAAAAAAAUGCCAGUUUUGAGACUCAAUGCUUAUUACACCAAAUUCUUCCCAUCCUCGAGGAUUCGUUGCAUGGUUUUGGAGCGAAGACGGUACUUGAUGAAGGUCGCGCAGGUGCGAAAUAGGUACAUCAUGAGGCUCAAACACGAUUCACAACCCAGAUGCGAUGCCACAUACACGGAUAUUCCCGAAUCCUUGAAGUCUAUUAUUGAGAAGAAACUGCUCUCGAAGCGUGUUAUCGGUAGCUUUCGACUGAGAUUCCACUGCAAUUCGUUCAGGAAGAGGCUCGAGAUCACAGCCACAAUAACCAACCCCACAGUUCCGUCGGACAAUGAUCUCGCUCCGGAGGAUGAUCAGCUUUACGAGCUGUACAUUUGCUGUAGCCAGGGUAAAUUGCUGGGCAAGAUUCCCUUCCUGGAGAGCGACUACCGGCGUGCAGCCCGCGAGGCCAUCGAUUUCCUGGGCAUCUAGGCAUUCCCGAAAAACAAAAAAAAACCCUCCUGUUGUGUAUUUUCAUUGACAUGCAGAGGAGGAAUAUAUUUUAUCCUGGCAACGACGACAUGACACACCUAACUUGCGAUACGCCACUAUGCUGAACGGACCUUGAUUAUCGAUUACCUCUUACGACUCCAUUUUUUAUAUCUGCAGCCGCCUUGUGGGGAAUUUUAAAAACUUGUACAAUUAUAUUUGGACCUCAAUAAAUUUACAGUUAAUUUA